UCACUCUCUGCUCCACAGAAUGACUGAACGACUGACACUGCUGCUACUGCUGCUGCACAAUCAAUGAGCUAACUGUACCUCGCUGUGCACACCGGUCUUCUGCUGUUCCUGUUGUCUACAUUUUGGGCUGCACUCAAAAUACGCCACUGAAGAAUAGAAAUUGCAAACUUUCAAAAGGAGGUUGGACUGUGAGUUGAUUUGGGACAAGGAUGCUCCCCUCCUUUAUGUCAGUGCUGCUGGUCACAGCACUGACCGGUGUCUGGGCCCAAGACUUUUAUGAGGAGAGGAAAACUAGCAAGAAAUUCAAGAACAAACCUCAGGCUGCAAACAUUCAUGAUGGACAAGCCAUCCUAGAUGAGGACUGUGGCCUGGAGCUCUCCUUUCUAUUGGACAGCUCUGAGAGUGCCAAAGACAAUCACGAGCAGGAAAAGCAGUUUGCCAUGAACAUGGUGGAAAGACUCCAAGGGCUUCGGCUGCAGACCGGCCGCACCUUGAGCUUGAGGGUGGCCCUACUUCAGUACAGCAGUCAUGUUAUCACAGAGCAAACCUUCAGAGACUGGAGGGGCACAGAGAACUUCAAGGCCCGCAUAACUCCCAUCGUCUACAUCGGGCACGGCACCUACACCACCUACGCCAUCACCAACAUGACCAAGAUCUACCUGGAGGAGUCCAGCCCAGGCAGCAUCAAAGUAGCCGUGCUGCUCACAGAUGGUAUUUCUCACCCGAGGAACCCUGACAUUUUCUCUGCUGUUGCUGACGCCAAGAACCAGGGCAUCAAAUUCUUCACUCUGGGCAUCACCCGUGAAGCCAACGAGCCAGCCAACGUAGCCCAACUCCGCCUGCUCGCCAGUGCCCCGGCCUCCCACUUCCUCCAUAAUUUACAGGACGAAGACAUUGUUGAAAAAAUCAUCACUAAGAUUACUAGCUUGGCUGAUGAAGGAUGCCCUCUGGCUCAGAAAUGUGCUUGUGAGAAAGGAGAGAGGGGCCCAAGCGGGCCUGCGGGGAAAAAGGGUCGCUCCGGAGACGAUGGAGCCCCGGGGCUUAAAGGGUUAAAGGGUGAAGCAGGACUGAGUGGUCUUCCCGGGCGAGAGGGUGCUGAGGGGAAACCAGGUUACAAAGGAGAGAAGGGUGAGAGGGGUGAGUGCGGGACUCCAGGAAUCAAAGGAGACAGGGGUCCUGAGGGGUCAGUUGGAACAAGAGGAAUUAGAGGCCUGCAGGGGUUACCAGGACCACAUGGAGACGUCGGACCAGAGGGUCCUCAGGGAAAGCAGGGUGAGCGUGGCCCACCUGGCCCUCCAGGAAUUCAGGGGGAAAUUGGUAUUGGAUAUCCUGGAUCAAAGGGUGACAUGGGAUUCCAGGGGCGAUCUGGUCCUCCUGGUCCUCCUGGAGUGGGUGAACCCGGCCUUCCUGGACCUCAAGGACCACAAGGUGUUCCAGGGGAUAAAGGACCCCACGGCGAGGGGUUUCCCGGACCAAAGGGGGAUCGGGGGCUUCCUGGACUGAGGGGGCCGAGGGGACAACAGGGUGCAGGAAUCAAAGGAGAAAGGGGUCAAUUGGGGCUUCCAGGUCUUCCAGGGCCAACUGGACUAACAGGAGUGGGCAUACAGGGAGAGAAGGGAGUCGAGGGUCCAAGGGGUCCACCAGGAGGAAGAGGAAUUCCAGGAGAGGGUUUACCUGGACCUAAGGGAGACCAGGGUUUACCAGGAGAGCAGGGAACUACAGGAGAGAGAGGCAUUGGUGAGCCUGGUCCAAAGGGAGAGCCUGGAGCGUCUGGUCUGGGUGGACUGCCUGGUCUUCCAGGAGAGGAUGGAGCUCCAGGGCAGAAGGGGGAGGCUGGUUUACCUGGUUUAAGAGGCCCUGAAGGAGCACAAGGAAUUGGCAUUCAGGGGGAGAAGGGUGACCAGGGUCUGAGGGGCAUCCGUGGGUUACAUGGGCCUCCUGGGAUCUCAGGACCCUCUGGACCAAAGGGUGAACGUGGGAUACCAGGCCAUCUGGGCAUGCCAGGGCAGCCAGGACGGUCUAUAUCAGGUCCAAAGGGUGAUUUAGGUCCCGCUGGUCCCCCUGGUCCUGUUGGGGAGACAGGCCAUGGAUUACCUGGUCCAAAGGGUGAACGUGGUCAUCCGGGUUUACCGGGUCCAGGUGGUCCAAAAGGAGAAGGCCUCCCCGGCCCUCUGGGUCCUCCAGGCAUGCCAGGCUUACCGGGCGAGCCGGGCGUAGAAGGAAUAGGAAUUCCUGGUCCCAAGGGUGACAUUGGCUUUAGAGGAUUGCCAGGUUUGCCCGGCCCAUCUGGAGAGGGUUUACAAGGACCACCUGGUAAUGUUGGGAGGCAAGGACCUCCUGGUCCAACUGGUCCCCCAGGAGAAGGUAUUCAAGGGCCAAAGGGUGAGCCAGGAUCUCAAGGUAUGAUUGGACCAAGAGGGCCUCAAGGAGAUGGAUUUCCAGGAGCUAAGGGCGAUCGUGGAUUACAGGGCGAGAGGGGACUGAAAGGUAUAAAAGGAGACAUGGGAGAUACUGGAGUCCCUGGUGAAGCAGGGAGGCCAGGAGUGAAAGGAGAAGCAGGCCUUACAAGGGAAGACAUUAUUAAGCUGAUCAAAGAAAUCUGUGGAUGUGGCAUCAAGUGCAAAGAAAGGCCAAUGGAACUUGUGUUCGUCAUCGACAGCUCAGAGAGUGUUGGCCCCGAGAACUUUGAAAUCAUCAAGGACUUUGUCACCAGGUUGGUGGAACGGACCACAGUGGGACGCAACGCCACCAGAAUCGGACUGGUCCUCUACAGUCUGGAUGUCCAAUUGGAGUUCAACUUGGCUCGCUACGUGAACAAACAGGACGUUAAGCAGGCAAUCAGAAAGAUGCCUUACAUGGGCGAGGGCACCUAUACCGGCACUGCCAUCAGAAAGGCGACUCAGGAGGCUUUCUUCAGCGCUCGGCCUGGAGUCAGAAAAGUAGCCAUCGUCAUCACUGAUGGUCAGACUGACAAACGAGAGCCUGUCAAACUUGACAUAGCUGUGAGGGAAGCUCACGCUGCAAACAUUGAGAUGUACGCCCUGGGGAUCGUCAAUUCCUCUGAUCCUACGCAGGCUGAGUUCCUGCAAGAACUCAACCUCAUUGCCUCAGACCCUGACACUGAACACAUGUACCUCAUUGACGACUUCAAUACUCUCACAGCGCUAGAGUCUAAACUCGUCAGCCAGUUCUGUGAAGAUGAAAAUGGCGCCCUCAUUUACAAUCACGUAACAAAUGGACACUGGAACGGUAACAAUGGGCAUGGUAGUAAUGGAAACAAUGGACAUGGAGAGAAUACCAAUGGAUACAAUGGCUAUGGCAAUAAUGGUCAUGCUUAUGGUAACAAUGGACAUGGGAACAACGGCAAUGGUUACAAUUACCAAGAGGAGAUCCAAAAUCCAAGACGCACAAAUACCAGAGGCCGUGGAGACACUUUCACACUGCCCAUCAGUGCUAAUCCUCUCCCUGUCCAGGUGGUGGAGGAUGAUGAAGGUGAAGAUUUAGACUUAAGAGCCCAGGUGCGGGGCAGUAGUACUGUAGCUGUAGUCAACAAAACAGCAUCUUCAUCGCCUGUGAGAGAAAGCUCAGCGUUCAAUGAGGCAGUCCUAUCAUCAUCAUCUUCAUCCUCUUCUACAUCUUCAUCCUCAUCUGCAGCACUGGGCUCAGUUUCAUCUUUAAACAAUAAUCAGGUGCAGCCCGUGGUGAGGCCAGUCGUGCCAGCAGAGGCCACUCCUCUUGAGCCACGCUGUAACCUCAGCUUGGACCAAGGCAACUGCAGAAACUAUAGCAUCAGCUGGUACUAUGACAAGCAGGCCAAUGCCUGUGCACAGUUUUGGUACGGCGGCUGCGCUGGAAAUGACAACCGUUUCGAAACAGAGGCUGAAUGCAAGAAGACUUGUGUUCUAUUCAGAACAGCAGGAUAAAAGGAGAAGAUGCCAUAAGAAAAAGGACUUUACUACUCUACAAUCUGCUGAUUUGUUAUUUUAAUGUGAUGCAUUCUGUCUGAUGUGUUCAGAAAAUAUCUUUUCUAACACUCUUGUCCUCAAACAUAAAUGCAUUUUCUGAUCAAAUAGCAAAGCAGUGCUAGAAAAGUCAUCCUGAAAACUGCUGAUAUGUUCCUGUUUCAACCCAAUUAAUGACUUUAAAAAAAUGACGUUAUUACCUCAAAUAAAUUGUAUUGUGCUUGAUACACCAGAAGAAAUCAGGGUCUGACUGUCCUGGAUUUACAAUGACAACUACAGAAAUCUUAUUACAGUUUAAAUCUAAUCUGUAGAUUGUUCUUAUACCUCUAUGAGCCACAUGCUUUAUAUUCACUGAAUACAUUUCUAGCAAGACAGCGACAAUACAGUGUGUGAUUACCUUGUUGAUAAGAUUUGCUAAAAUAUGCUGGGUACUUUUUAUGUUCAUUCUGUUUGUAAUUACAAUGUGUCCAUUCGGUUAUAACUGGCAGCUGUAAUAAAGAGCCAUUUCUGUCUUUCUACUGCUUUCAGAGGUUUACUGCGAUGUCUUGUUGUGAUGAAGAUUGAGGCUUUUCCAUCUUUUAAAGUCCUGUCUAUUUAGGCAGUGUGUGUAUAUCUGAAUAGACGUUUUGUAUGUUUUUUAAUAAUAAAAUAUAAAAUAAUGA